AUGGAGGGAACCAGGCAAACCAGGAUUUGUCGUCCACACAAGAUAAGUGAAUCCUCAAAGGUGUACAGGUGGGAUGACCACUCUAGUCUAGUUCUUCAGAGCCUGAAUGAGCAGAGGCAGCGAGGCCUCUUCUGUGACAUUGUCCUUGUGGUGGAUGAACAGAGAGUCCCUGCCCAUCGGAACCUUCUCGCUGUUUGCAGUGACUACUUCAACUCUAUGUUCACCAUCGGUAUGCGAGAAGCCCACCAAAAAGAGGUUGAACUUUUUGGAGCCUCUUAUAUCGGUCUCAAGGCUGUGGUGGAUUUCCUUUACGGCAGUGAGCUGUCUUUAGAUGGUGGCAAUAUUGACUACGUCCUCGAAACAGCUCACCUGCUGCAGAUCUGGAAGGUGGUUGACUUCUGUUGCGAGUAUCUGGAGAACGAAGUCAGCGAGGAGAACUAUUUGUACCUGCAAGAGCUGGCCUCUAUUUACAACCUGAAGCGCCUUGACUCCUACAUUGAUUCUUUCAUCUUGCAGAACUUCGGCACGCUGUCUUUCACCCCGGACUUCCUGCAGAACAUUUCCCUGCAGAAGUUGUGCCAAUACCUGGACAGCAGCAAUGUGCAGCAGGAGUGCGAGCAUGACUUACUGCAGGCUGCCUUGCAGUGGCUUACCCAGUACCCGGAAAGGGAGAACGAGGCUUACCAGGUUCUGGAGAACAUUCAUUUUCCCUUGAUACCUAAAAGUGAUCUCCUCCAUCGAGUCAAGCCUGCUGUCUGCUCUCUUCUUCCCAAAGAAGCAAACUGUGAGGGGUUUAUAGAGGAGGCGGUGAACUAUCAUAAUAACGUCACGGCUCAGCCAGUGCUGCAAAACAAACGGACGGCCCUGCGGACCUGCGAGGAGAGGCUCCUCUUUGUGGGUGGGGAGGUUUCCGAACGGUGCCUGGAACUGAGUGAUGAUACCUGCUUCUUGGACGUGAGGAAGGGGCAGUGGGUAGCAGAAACCCCUCUCCCAGCCAGACGAAGUCACCACUGUGUUGCAGUCUUGGGAGGCUUCAUCUUCAUAGCCGGAGGCAGCUUUUCAAGGGACAACGGAGGGGAUGCAGCUUCAAAUCUCCUAUAUAGGUAUGAUCCCCGCUGUAACCAGUGGAUAAAGGUUGCCUCCAUGAGACAACGCCGGGUAGAUUUCUACCUGGGAGCUAUUACCGACAUGCUGGUAGCUGUUGGUGGCAGGAAUGAGAACGGGGCACUCUCUUCAGUUGAGACCUACAGUCCUCAGAAGGAUUCAUGGUCCUAUAUAGCAGGCUUGCCGAGGUUUACCUAUGGCCACGCUGGAACAGUCUACAAGGAAUUUGUCUACAUUUCAGGAGGCCACGAUUACCAAAUUGGCCCCUAUAGAAAAAACCUGCUCUGUUACGAUUACCGCACGGAUGUUUGGGAGGAGAAGAGGCCGAUGAUCACUGCCCGAGGGUGGCACAGCAUGUGCACCUUACAGGACAAUAUCUACUCCAUCGGUGGCAGCGAUGACAACAUAGAAACCAUGGCUCGUUUUGACAUUCUGAGUGUGGAGUCGUACAGCCCUCAAUGUAACCAGUGGACCAGAGUUGCUCCUCUCUUGCAAGCGAACAGCGAGUCAGGGGUGGCAGUUUGGGAAGGCAAGAUUUAUAUCCUCGGAGGCUACAGCUGGGAAGAAACGGUCUUCUCCAAAACAGUCCAGGUUUAUGAUAAGGAGAAAAAUAAGUGGUACAAGGGAACUGACUUACCCAAGGCAAUUGCUGGUGUGUCGGCGUGUGUCUGUGCAUUGAAACCCAAAACAGAGGACAAAAAGAAAAAGACGAAAACAAAAAAACAUCAAGAUCGAGGAAGAUGACUACUUCUGGAUAAACACCCUUUGAUGGUGGACUCCAAAAGAACCUUGUAUUUAAUCAUUUCUAUCUAACCUUGAUUCUUUCUUUUUAAAGGGGUGAGGGUGGGGGGGGAGGCAUCUUCUGAAGCCUCACAAAAUGUACAGUUGAACGUGGUUUUUUGGAUUAAGCUCAUGUUUAAGGU